AUGCAGAAGUGCCGGGCCGUUAAUCCCGUCCUGGGGUCCAAGGCAUUCGUCCCCACCCCCCGAGUUCAGUCCCAGGUGCAACGCCGAAAUCUCCAAGAUGUCACGAUCACCAGGACUGGAAAGCCUCUUCUGAAGGUUCAGGGUGGACGUUCAUCCCUCGGCGGACACACCGCGACUGUCUUUGGUGCCACUGGCUUCCUAGGUCGAUACAUCGUCAACAAGCUCGCUACGCAGGGAUGCACCGUCGUUGUUCCCUACCGCGAGGAGAUGGCGAAGCGACAUCUGAAGGUUACCGGUGAUCUCGGACGUGUUGUUUUCAUAGAAUAUGAUCUACGCAACACCCAGUCAAUCGAGGAGAGCGUCCGCCACUCCGACGUCGUCUACAAUCUUGUUGGCCGUGAAUAUCCUACCAAGAACUUCACCUACACCGAUGUCCACGUUGACGGAACCGAGCGCAUCGCGGAGGCAGUCGCCAAGUACGACGUUGACCGGUUCAUCCACGUCUCUUCCUACAACGCUAACAAGAACUCCCCUUCUGAAUUCUUUGCUACCAAGGGAUGGGGAGAGGAGGUCGCACGCUCUAUCUACCCCGAGACCACCAUUGUCCGACCUGCCCCCAUGUUCGGUUUUGAGGACAGACUCCUCCACAGACUCGCCAGCGCUACCAACCUCUUCACUGCCAACCACCUCCAGCAACGCUUCUGGCCUGUUCACGCAAUUGAUGUCGGUACCGCCCUCGAGCGCAUGCUGCACGACGACACCACUGCCGGCCAGACUUUCGAACUGUACGGUCCCAAGAACUACUCUCCCGCGGAGAUUGCGGAACUGGUUGACCGCGAAAUCGUCAAGCGCCGCCGCCACAUCAACAUCCCCAAGGCUGCCCUGAAGCCUGUGGCCAACCUCCUGAACAAGUACCUCUGGUGGCACACCCUGAGCGCCGAUGAGGUUGAGCGGGAAUUCAUCGACCAGGAGAUCGAUGAGAGCGCCAAGACAUUCAAGGACCUCGGAAUUGAGCCUGCCGACCUCAGCAACCUUACUUUCCACUACUUGAAAGGAUACCGAAGCUCUUCGUACUACGAUCUGCCACCUGCUACCGAGCGCGAGCGACAGGAGGAGAGGAAGUACCUGCACGUUCUCGACGACCAGUAG